AGAUUCAUGGAAUAUGCACUGCAGCGAUUCCGCGGAGCUGCUUUCUUCCUCCUCUCUCUUCUCUUGUCGGAUUCCUCCCUCCCCAUUCCGGUGCCUGCCAAGGGCCAAGCGGAACAGCAAAGAUCCACAUCCACCCUCCUUGCAUCCGCCGUCGAGCGAGCUAGUAUGCGGCAGGAGGCCACCUGCAGCCUCGUCUUGGCCCACCACCGGAAGAAUCACUCGCCGCCGGCGGAGGAGGACGACGGCGGCGGCGUUGGGGAGGACACCGAUGACGCCUUGCCGCCUCCGUCCUGCACGAUCCUGCUCCGCCAGGAGGGCGAGGCGACGGCGGGGGAGGGGCUGCUGGUGCCGCCGCUCAACUUCGCCAUGGUGGAUCACGGCGUGUACCGCUCUGGCUUCCCCGACGUCUCCAACCUGCCGUUCCUCGAGUCCCUCCGCCUCCGCUCCGUCCUGUGCCUCUGCCCGGAGCCGUACCCGGAUGCGAACCAGGAGUUCCUCCGCGCUCACGGGAUCAGGCUGUUCAAGUUCGGAAUCGACGGUUCCAAGGAGCUAGGUUUUGGUACUGAAAAUAGAUGUUGCUUGCAGGAGCCCUUUGUGAACAUUCCUGAAGAUAGAAUCCGUGAGGCUCUAGAAGUUGUACUAGAUGUCACAAACCACCCAGUUCUUAUUCACUGCAAGCGUGGAAAGCAUCGAACUGGUUGUGUGGUUGGCUGCUUGAGGAAGUUGCAACGCUGGUGCCUAACUUCAAUAUUCGAUGAAUAUCAGCGCUUUGCUGCUGCCAAAGCAAGAGUAUCUGAUCUAAGGUUUAUGGAACUAUUUGAUACCUCUAGCUUAAAGCAUUUACCAGCAUCAUUCUCAUGUUGAGAAAGAGGCACACCUCAGUGGCUUGUGUGCGAAGAUUGGCAAUUGUCUGUCGAUGACACUUGAGACCUGUUUAUCACAGUAACAACGGCCAUGGUAAGAAAAAUGUCAACGAUACCGUUUAAGUGUGCUUUUCAUCAUUACUAUACUUCCCAGUACAUAUAGCUGCAAGUUUAGCAUUAUCAUUUUUGGAGAAUAGGCAUAUAGGAUAGGCAGAUGGUAAGUUUCUCUUCCGGAGUAGUUGAUGUUAUGGGCAUAGGCUUUCUCGGUUGCCAAUGCAGUUUCACUGUACGAGUCCAGUGUUUUUCAAGCGAACAAGAGAAAUAUGCAUUGUGAGUUAUACAAUUGCUCUUUCUGCA